AUGAAAAAGGGAGGUGAUAAGAUCUAUAAAGUCGUAUUCAUUAGACAUGGAGAGUCAAUUUGGAACAAGGAGAACAGAUUCACUGGCUGGACUGAUGUUGGUCUUACUGAAAAUGGAGUUAAGGAGGCCCAUUUCGCUGGUUAACUUCUCAAGUAAAACUAAUUCGGCUUCGAUGUAGCAUUUACAUCUGUUCUCACAAGAGCUAUUAUGACUUACAAUUCAAUUGCUACUGAAUUGAAUGGACAUUACGUUCCAGUUCAUAAGCACUGGAGACUAAAUGAGAGACAUUAUGGCGCUCUACAAGGUCUUAACAAGGCUGAAACUGCUGCUAAACAUGGAGAAGCAAAAGUGCUUGAAUGGAGAAGAUCUUAUGAUAUCCCCCCUCCUCCUCUUGAGGAUAAUGAUGAAAGACACCCAAAGCUUGACCCAAGAUAUGCUGGUCUACCUUAAGAUGUACUUCCAAAGACUGAAUCACUUAAACUAACUGUUGACAGAGUCUUACCAUUCUGGUAUGAUCAAAUCUGUCCAGCAAUCCUUGAUGGUCAAAGAGUGAUUGUUGCUGCACAUGGUAACUCUCUUAGAGCUAUUGUUAAGCAUUUGAGUGGCAUGAGUGAUGCUGAGAUCAUCAAGUACAAUAUCCCAACUGCCUGCCCCCUUGUUUACGAGUUCGAUCAAAACCUUAAACCUUUGAAAAACUACUAUCUCCUCGACGAAAAGACUCUCAAGGAAAGAAUGCAAGCAGUUGCCAACCAGGGAAAGGCUCACUGA